GCGAUACAAUAUUAUUAAGAAACUUGAUUUCGAGAACUUUCUCGUAGAGCACAUCAUCGAUGCGGCUCUAAUUCAAGAGACGCAUCUGAAGAAUGAAUCCGUUGUCAUUCCAAAUUACAAGUUCAACCAUAGAGAACGUGUUGGACGUGCUGGUGGGGGAGUUGGCAUUCUUGUCAAACGAUCCCUCCAGUGUGUCCAAUACGGCAUUGACAGUGCUCGGUUAUACGGAACUGAGGCAGUAGGGGUCGAAAUUCGACUGAGUCGGGGUUGUCACAGAUUAAUCUCUGUCUACAACCCUCUGAGAAAUCUUUUACUCCCAGAAUCACAGGAUGAACUGCUGAUGGGUAGUGAUAUUCUGACAACUGCUGCUGGCGACUUCAAUGCCAAGUACGGACUAUGGAGCAGAGCCACCAAUCGAAACGGCCAAGCGCUCCAUGCACAUGCUGACAGACAUGAAUAUCUCGUGCUGGGACCGGAUGAACCUACGUUCUAUCGCGGGCAGUAUAGGCCUGACGUACUAGACAUCGCGCUUCUCAGAAACGUCUCUCUGACUAGCGAAAUUUACGUUCAGUCGGAACUGGAUUCCGAUCAUAAUCCAGUAACCCUGGUAUUGGGUGAUGAUCUUCCUUCCCCUGAUUAUUGCAUGAGAUAUAAGACGGAUUGGGAUAUCUUCACAGCUCAGCUCGGAGAGAUGCGCGCCCCUCCUGAGGGAGACAAAACAGCGGCAAACAGGAUGGCCAAUCGAGUAAAACAGGCCAUCAUUGAUCACCGAAAUGAGAGGUGGGAGGAGCUGUUGGAAACCAUUGAGCCUGGGAGUGACGAGCUUUGGCGAAUCACUCGUAGACUCAAAGGAAAGAAGGCAGCUCCCUCACCCAUUCACGGAGAGCGCGGAGCGUGCUACUCCCCCGCCAACAAAGCGUUGGCUUUUGCUGACACGAUGGAACGUCAGUUUCAACUUAAUGUUGACGACAACGACGACAUCGACCGCGAUAUUCUGCUUGAAGAUCGGGUUCACCGCAUCCUCAGGGAGGAUGAUGAUGAUGUCAUUGGUCCGGCUUCUGUGGAAGAAUUAAAGGGCUAUAUCAAGGCCGCAAAGGCCAAGAAAGCCCCGGGGAUGGCUAGAAGAGCCCAACCGGAAGACGGGACAGGACAAAUUGGAUUUGCAAGAGUUCUCUUCUUCGCUUACACUAGUCGCGAGGUCGUUAGCAUCGUGACCGACGAGUUCGUAAGGUCAGGGGCAGGAAGCGACCGGCGCCCAGAACCAAUCACUGCACCAGGUUACUGA